CUCUAGAUACUCGAUCACCUCUCUGUUUGCGUUCCCGUUUGACAGUUAUAAGGGGCAUGUACAUUUGAAAAUCCGACGCGACGGACUUAAAUGGCCGCGCGAAGAGGUGCCUGAGAGAGCGAUCGUCGUCCGGUGAUCGCGCCUGCUCCCGGUGUUGCGCCCUUCGUUUCGGCGCGCACCCAUCCCGACGUCGCACGUUCUCCGGUGCCACGCGUAUUAAUUAAUCUUCCUGCUCUUCGACAUCUAUGCCGUCUACCCUGCUGCUAGGAUAAUCAAUCAUGGAGCAGGAGAGUACAGAGUAUAUGAAAUUGCCCCUGGAGGAGCGUCUUGCGCACAAGUUUUGGCGAGCACGUUUACAUGGAUACGAGGAAUGCGUGAAGACAUUCCAGUGCAUCGACGAUGAGAAGUCACCGGAAUGGAACAAGUACAUAGGCUUUAUCAAGAAGUUUGUGGUGGAUAGUAACGCGGUCGCACAGGAGAAGGGCCUAGAAGCGACUCUGGCUUUCGCAGAAAAUUCCGCGCUUGCCGGCAAGAUAGUCGUUGAUGUGAUGAAUGGCAUUGUGUCCAAAUGCAUUGCCGCGCCUAAAGCCAAGACGAAGGAACUGGCUGUACAGAUUACGUUAAUGUAUAUCGAGUUCGAGAAGCACGAGGCGGUGCAGGAAGAGCUGCUGAAGGGUACAGAGGCGAAGAAUCCAAAGAUCGUUUCGGCAUGCAUCUCUACCUUGACGUUGGCGCUCAAGGAAUUUGGACCCAAAGUAAUCAAUUUGAAGCCACUGAUGAAGAAAAUAGCGAACUUCCUGGAAGAUAGGGACAAGAUGGUGCGGGAGGAGGGCAAAGCCAUGGUGGUAGAGAUGUAUCGGUGGGUGGGCGAUCGUCUGAAACAGCAAUUGAACACAUUGAAACCCGUGCAUAUCACGGAGCUUGAGGCGGAGUUCAGCAAUCUCGGCGAUGAGAAGGUGGUACCUACGCGUUAUCUGCGCUCGCAAAAGCCGAAGAAUAUGGGCAACAAUGGCGAUUCGGCAGCAGCAAGCGAUAACGGCGAGGACGAAGAAGAUGCGGACGGUGCUUUGAUCCCGGACAUAGAUCCGUACGAAUUGUUGGCACCUGUGGACAUUCUGUUAAAAUUGCCGAAAGACUUUUACGAAAAAAUUGAAGCGAAGAAGUGGCAGGAGCGAAAGGAAGCUUUGGAAGCGCUCGAAGCGCUUGUAAAAAAUCCGAAACUCGAGAACGGCGAUUACGGUGACGUAGUGAGGGCCUUGAAGAAAAUUAUUUCGAAGGACACCAACGUUCUGGUAGUUACGCUGGCGGCGAAAUGUCUAGCUGGUCUGGCCGCGGGUCUGAAGAAACGAUUUCACCCUUAUGCUAUCGCCUGUUUGCCUGCCAUUCUGGAAAAGUUUCGCGAGAAGAAGCAGACAGUGGUGCAGGCAUUGCGGGAGGCUGCCGAUGCUAUCUACGAAAGCAUAAGCAUUGAUAUCAUUCUCGAGGACACUCUAGCUGCCUUAGAAAACAAAAAUCCGACCGUGAAGGCCGAGACGGCUGCUUAUCUGGCUCGAUGUUUUGCGCGUACUCCACCUGCGAAUCUCAACAAGAAGCUGCUAAAAUCUUAUACUGGCAUUUUACUGAAGACGCUUAACGAGCCAGAUCCGACGGUACGUGACAAUUCGGCAGAAGCGCUCGGCACAGCGAUGAAAUUGAUCGGUGAGAAGGCAAUGAUGCCAUUCCUGACAGAUAUUGACAAUCUAAAGAUGACGAAAAUCAAAGAAUGUGCCGAAAAGGCGGUGAUACUCGUCAAAGUGACGAGUACGAAGAAGGAACGACCCAACACUGCUCCAGCUAAAGUGGAAUCGCAGCGGGCGAACAAGACGAACAAGGAGAAAAACGGUAAAUCGAAUAUUGCGAAGAGGCCUAACACCGGUAUUGCGAUCGGAAAGAAGACAACGACUAAGAAACCGGGCGGUGCAUCAUCACUCACAAAUCUUACGUCGAAGAAAGCAGUUCAGAUGGAGAAGAAUUAUAGUCCAGAAGAGAUCGAGGAGUUGGCGGCGCAGGUCUUGCCAGCCGAAAUAAUCACUGGUCUCGUGGACAGCAAUUGGAAAACGCGUCUGGCCGCGGUCACGCAAUUGUCGGACACCAUCAAGACAAUGGAUCCGGCAGAGGUGCCGACCCAAGUGAUCAUACGGACUCUGGCAAAGAAACCCGGUUUCAAGGACACAAAUUUUCAGGUGUUGAAACUACGCGUAGAAAUUGUGAAGUACCUAGCGGAGAACCAUCCCUUUACAGCCACUGUGACCGAAUACUGUUUGAUGGACAUCGCCGAAAAGCUGGCGGACGCGAAGAACAGUUCGAUCGCCACCGAGACUUUGCUGGGAAUCGCAGAGGCUACGAGUUUCGAGUACGUGGCAGACGAGGUGGUAGCAUUCGCGUUCAAUCAGAAGAAUCCUAAAGUGCAACAGGAGACACUGCUGUGGCUGUGCCGCGGUCUCACGGAAUUCGGUUUUAGUCUCAACGUCAAGUCUAUCAUCGAGAACAUCAAGAAGGCGGUAGCGGCAACAAAUCCCAGCGUGCGCACCAGCGCAAUAACCUUAUUAGGUACUUUGUAUAUUUACAUGGGUAAAUCGCUAUUGGCAUUCUUUGAUAACGAGAAGCCGGCGUUGCGGCAGCUGAUUGAGCAAGAAUGCGAAAAGCGUAAUGGCGAAACGCCACCGACGCCUAUUCGCGGCGCCAAGGCCAAAAAGACGAACGCUAUCAACGCCGACGAUGAGGACGAAGACGUCGAGGAAUUAGAGAAAAAAGCGGGUGACAGCGAGUCGGAUCUUAACGAGCUGGUCCCGCGCGUUGACAUCAGCACGCAGAUCACCGAAGCGCUGUUGACCGAAUUGGCCGACAAGAAUUGGAAAGUGCGUAAUGAAGCGUUACAGAAGGUGAACACUCUGCUCAGCGAAACGAGGUUUAUUAAGCCGACCAUCGGCGAUUUGCCGCAGGGGUUGGCCCUACGUCUCGUCGACAGCAAUAGCAAGAUUGCCCAAGCAGCUCUAGGCAUAUGCGAAACAUUAGCGACGGCUAUUGGACCACCGGUAAAGCAACACGUUCGCACCUUAUUUCCCGGGUUUCUGCAAUGUUUGGGCGACAGCAAAAAUUGGAUCAGAGCGGCCGCGAUCUCUUGUAUCAAUACGUGGGGAGAUCAGUGCGGUUAUAAAGAGUUCUUCGAUGGCGAGAUGGUAGGCGAUGCAUUGAAGACAGGCUCGCCAAUGUUGCGAUCCGAACUGUGGAGUUGGCUGGCGCAAAAAUUGCCUCCUAUUCCGGUGAAACAAAUUUCUAAGGAGGAGCUUUUCGUAUGUCUUCCUUUCUUAUAUGCUAAUCUGGAAGAUCGUAACUCGGACGUACGAAAGAACGCUCAGGAAGCUGUUCUUGGUUUCAUGAUUCAUCUUUCCUACGAAGCGAUGGUUAGGAACACUGAAAAACUGAAGCCAGGAUCAAGGACAGUAGUAAUUGCUGCACUGGACAAAGCUCGUCCUAGUUUACCUAUAAAACCUCUACCUAAGAAAGAACCGUCAGACGAUAAUAUCCAGAAGGGUAAUGCAAAGGGUGCAAAAGUAGUGAAAGUGAUUAAAUCGAAGGGUGCAUCAUCAAAACCAGGCAGCGCUCGUAAAAAAGAUGACGAUGUCGAUACUGGUCCGCUGUUGGUGGUCAACAAUCUAAAGCACCAGCGUGUGAUUGAUGAGCAAAAGUUAAAAGUACUUAAGUGGAACUUUACUACGCCCAGAGAAGAAUUUGUCGAGCUUCUAAAGGAUCUUAUGACCGCUGCAAAUGUAAAUAAAACUUUGAGAGCGAACAUGUUUCAUUCCGAUUUUCGAUAUCAUCUAAAGGCUAUCGAAUCGCUCACCGAGGAUCUUGCUGAAAACAGCAAAGCAUUGGUGUCUAAUCUGGAUCUUAUUCUUAAAUGGUUGACAUUGCGAUUUUUCGAUACUAAUCCGUCGGUACUUCUGAAAGGAUUGGAUUACUUACAAUUGGUCUUUAAUAUGUUAAUUGAAGAUCAGUAUCACAUGUUGGAAACUGAGGCAGCAUCGUUUAUACCUUAUCUUAUUAUCAAAAUAGGUGACCCGAAGGAUGCUGUCCGUAAUGGUGUGCGAGCUUUAUUCAAGCAAAUGGCUCUGGUAUAUCCCGUGAGCAAAUUAUUCUCAUACGUAAUGGAGGGUUUGAAGUCGAAGAAUGCUCGACAACGAACAGAAUGCCUGGAUCAAUUAGGAUCGCUAAUUGACAAUUAUGGAGUUUCUGUCUGUCAACCCACGCCGUCUGCGGCAUUGAAGGAAAUUGCGAAGCAGAUAGCUGAUCGCGAUAAUUCCGUUCGCAAUGCCGCGUUAAACUGCAUCGUUCAGGCCUACUUCCUUCAAGGGGAACGUGUAUUCAAGCUCAUUGGCCAGAUAUCGGAGAAAGAUAAGUCUCUGUUGGACGAACGAAUCAAAAGGGCAGCGAAGAAUCGACCCACAAAAUCCGCGUCCGCUAUAAGACUUUCCACGCCCGCGGUCGCGACUUCCAAUCCACCGACUGAUGACAUGGAGGUGGAGGAUGACGAAGAAGAACAGGAAGAAAUUGUCGAGCCAAUGGAAUCAGUACCAGAACUGGCAUGUGCCAUGGGCACUACUGACAAUAAGGACGAGCAAGUGCCUUCUCUGAUCAUUACGUCCGAGUCUUCUUCAAAAACGGAUCAGGAAAUUGUCAACGGUCAUGAAACGCAAAAUCAUCUUUCCGAUCGAGAUGAUGCGAAAACGAAUUCUCCUACAUUAAUGCAAGCAAAGGUUCCAACGGGUCCUUUUGGACUGGACAUGGAAUUCUUACAGAGGCUUGAAUUGAGUGCACCAGUGAAAUAUCGUAAUCCAAUAUUAGUGGAACCUAGCUUAUCAGAUUUGAACGAACCGCCAGUUAACGUGUUAAACCCGCCCAAGACGCAAAUGAUACCAAUUUCGCCUCCGAAAUUAUUAGUGUCGAAAUCAUCGUCUGUUGUAUCACCUACUGCUAGCAGUAAAGAUGACACACUCGAGCGUAACAUCUUAUCUAUGGCCAGUAUGGAUUUGUCUACGGCGAUACAAUCCAUGAAUGCAAUAGAAAACUUAUUAAAAUCUCAUCAAGCGGCAAACUUACAAUCCAGAGAGGAUAAAUUCAUCGGUUCAAUAAAUAUGCAACUCAAGCUAUUGCAAACAUAUCCGUUACGUCAAGAAAACGCGGACGUAUCCAGAGGCUUUAGAAAUACUUUCCUAGUUAUACUUGUGUUUUACGAUACCGGAUUUCUCGGGAAGAAUGUCCCUUUUAUGCAUUUGAAAGAAUUAGUAGAUCAGAUGAUAAGUCUGUUGGCCGAAAACAAGUUGGAGCAUUUGCAUCAAGCUGGAGCAUAUUACAGAGUGAUCAAUAAUAUCAUGGUGAAAAUUAUUGACAAUUCUAAUCAUACCACUAUUAUAUGUGUAUUGAUCAAACUUCUUCAUUCCUGCGCCGAAUCAAAUGUUCCUUCGAAAUAUGAAGAGCUGGUGAUGAAAUGUUUAUGGAAAAUAGUGAAAACAAUGUCCAAUUGGGCCGCUGAUUUAGAUUAUGAUACGAUACUCUUGGAAGUUCACCGUUUUCUUAAGGAUUAUCCUACUACGUGGUGGAAGAAACGAAAGUCCGAUACUCCGUUACGGACAGUCAAGACAGUUCUUCACAGUAUGACCAGGGUGAAAGGCAGUUCGAUACUUAAUCACUUGACGCUAAUAAACAACACGAAUGAAUCUGAAUUACACGCUUACUUAAUAAGAUUAAUUGCGAGUCUUAAGCCAGACGAGAUAAACGCUGCAGCAAAAGCGAUACCAAAAUCGAAUAAUGUAGGAAGAACGCCGAAACACUUAUCCAAGUCCACUCGUCAACAAUUGGCCGAAAUUUUUAAAAAGAUUGGAUCAAAAGAACACAUGCAAGAGGGCCUUGUGCAGUUAUACGAUUUCAAACUUCAAUACCCUGAGGCUGAUGUACAACCAUUUUUGGUCAAAUCCCAUCAGUUUUUUCAAGACUUCAUAGAACAGGGAUUAAAGGAGAUCGACCAGGCACGAAAAAACCAAAAUAUUUUGUCACAAGCCAACAAUCAAUACUCUACAGAAACCACCGAAUCUUCGGCCGCAGUUGCUGAUGAAAAGGACUUAAUGGAUCCACUGUACAGGCUCGAGAAACUCCGAGCCCUCGAAGCACAAUGUAGAAUGACUCCCUCCCAGCCCAACCCACUAUGAAUGAUUAAGAAUAAGUGUAUUAAUUAGGUAAGCGGGACGAUACGUAUAUACAUGUAUGUGUAAGAUGAGUAUAUUUGUCCGACUUAUUUAUUCGCGUCUCAAAAUGUUCAAUCCCAUAGCGUUCAUCACUGAUUUUCCACCACAGUCAUCUUACGUGCGACUCUGCGAGAUUGUUUACUUGCUUUCGGUGAAUUAAUUUAAAUGAUUUGCACAGUUAACAGAAGACUUAAGCGACCGCGAAUCGUAGAAAUUAAUAUAGCUGCACCAUCAGACACGCGCUACAUCGAACAUUGUAACAGUUCUGCGUUCUAACUGUAGCAAUGUUACGUUUCUCAUAAUGUAACGAUGAUGCGUGCAUGCUUAUAAUUUGUUUCUUCCAUCUGUUAUGUAUAGUUAAUAAUAAUAAUAAUGUUACUACUUAUGUAAGAACGAUCAUAUAGUACAUGUAUGUAUAAGCAUACGAAACUUGCACGAUUUGAAUAUCACUCAUGUCAUACCUAGCAUGAUUUGAUUUUACGUUGUUUAUAAACUUCGUAUUUUUUUACGCUGGUUAUUAAAUAAAUUCAUUCUAUUUGAACUCGAUUAGAUUCACAAUCAUCAUAUCGUCGUUAUUUUCGCAAAACCUCCUAUUCUCGUAGAGAGAACUUUAAAUAAUGCGUCAUUAAAAAUCUAGAUUUUCGUAUUGUCCAAAAAAAAAGAAAAAAAAAAUGCAGUAAAGACAGAAUUAUUAAUUAAAAACAAAAGAAAAGAAAUUAUGGCUUUUUGAUUUUCGCUGCAUAUUUUAAUGUUCAAGAAUUAUAUACCUAUAGACACCGUACUGAAAAAGAUUGAUGCCUAUUGAAGCUUAAAUAUCACAAGUAUAAAUAUUUCUUUUUUUUACACAAGUCUUUAUAUGAAAAAUAAAAACUGGAGGCUUCGCGGAGACAACAGCGAUCUCUUCUAUUUAUUAAGGCGCAAAACUGUCAUAUCCCAAUAUUUAUGGAUAGGAUCAAAAGAUCACAAAGAUAGUAAUUAGCAAUCAACAUCGAUACCUCGAUGUUUAUUACUCGAUGUAAUAAAAAAAAGCGACGUUGAAUCGCAAAAAGCUCGUAACUCAAAAAUAUUCAGAAUUAGUCUUUUAAAUCUUUAUAUCUUUUAAAAUAAAGACGAUAGAUAUAUUUGAGAUAAUGUCGUGUACGUAUUCGAAUGUUGAUAAUUUAACUUCAAAAAAUGGUUUUGCGUCAUUCAAUUAUAGUCUCAUUAUAAAUUAUAUACUAUACUAAAUUAUACAUUACAAAUAAAACGCGUACACGAUAUAACUGCAAAUUACGAUUACUAAUGAUAUCGCAGUUAUUUUUCCACUGUUUGCGAAUAAACAUUACUGUAAGUAUUCGUGACUACUAAAUUUUUAAGUAACGAGAUUUUUGUGGCUUGACGAUGUGAAGAAUAUAUUCACCUUUCUACUAUAGGUGCAAAGAAGGAACGCGAAGGAAGCGUAGUUAAUAAUAUAUAAAAAGGAAAAAAAUAGAAUCUACUUUAUUAUCUAAAAACCUUACGACUCGAAGUUGCUGUAUUUGAGAACUUCCGAAUUAUCGCUUUUUCUGAAGACUUACAUUCUGUAGUGUAAAUAGAACAUGUAUAUACAUGCACCAAUAAAAAUGAUAUUCAA